UAUUUUGUCCAGACAGCACCUAGCGAUCUGUUUCUGAUGCGAGCUGUUGCAGAUAUGAUCACAUACUAUGGAUGGUCGGAUGUGGUGGCGUUAUAUAAUGAUGAUGAUAACAGCAGAAAUGGUGUUACAGCGUUAGGCGAUGAGCUUGAAGAGAGGCGUUGCAGGAUUUCUUACAAGGCAGUGCUUCCCCUGGAUGUUGUGAUUUCUAGUCCAGUUGAGAUUAUAGAGGAGUUGAUUAAGAUCAGGGGAAUGGAAUCUCGGGUCAUUGUUGUGAACACUUUCCCAAAUACAGGCAACAUGAUCUUUAAGGAAGCAGAGAGGUUAGGGAUGAUGGAGAAAGGUUAUGUUUGGAUAGCUACAACUUGGUUGACUUCUCUGCUAGAUUCAAAAUAUCCGUUGGAUAACAGAUUAUUCAAUGGAGUUCUAACACUGCGUCUUCACACGCCAGAUUCGAGAAAGAAAAGGGACUUUGCAGCACGGUGGAAGAACAAGUUGAGUAAUAAUAAUAAGACUAUUGGGUUGAAUGUCUAUGGUCUGUAUGCUUAUGAUACUGUCUGGAUCAUUGCUCGAGCUGUUAAGGCACUUCUGGAAGCUGGAGGUAAUCUUACCUUCUCCAAUCAUGCGAAUUUAGGUAGCUUGAAAGGUGAAGCAUUGAAUCUAAGUGCAUUAAGCAAAUUUGAUCAAGGAUCACUACUUCUUGAUUAUAUUGUGCAUACAAAGAUGUCUGGUCUGACUGGUCCGGUUCAGUUUCAUCUGGACAGAUCAAUGCUACAUCCUUCAUAUGAUAUUAUCAAUUUGGUUGAUCACGGGGUUCACCAAAUAGGUUACUGGUCGAACUAUUCUGGUCUUUCUAUUGUACCGCCUGAAUCAUUUUACAGCAAAUCUCCUAACCGUUCUAGCUCAAACCAACAUCUGAACUCUGUAACUUGGCCUGGUGGGACUUCAAUUACACCUCGUGGAUGGGUUUUUCGUAACAAUGGAAGGCGGUUGAGAAUAGGUGUUCCUGAUAGAGCAAGCUUCAAGGACUUUGUCUCAAGGGUCAAUGGAAGUAGCAACGAAGUACAAGGAUAUUGCAUUGAUGUGUUUGAAGCUGCGGUAAAACUGCUUUCUUAUCCGGUUCCUCACGAGUUCAUCUUUUUCGGAGAUGGUCUAACGAAUCCAAACUACAAUGAACUGGUCAAAAAGGUCACCACUGGGGUUGACUUUGAUGCUGUUGUAGGUGACAUAGCCAUUGUCACUAGACGGACCAAGAUUGUGGAUUACACCCAGCCAUACAUUGAGUCAGGCCUUGUCGUUGUUGCUCCUGUCACAAGACUUAACGAAAAUCCUUGGGCCUUUUUACGCCCGUUUACUCUUCCUAUGUGGGGAGUAACAGCAUCUUUUUUCGUUAUUGUUGGAGCUGCAAUAUGGAUUCUUGAACACCGUAUCAAUGAUGAGUUUCGUGGUCCGCCAAGGCGACAAAUCAUUACCAUUCUCUGGUUCACCUUUUCGACGAUGUUUUUCUCCCACAGAGAGACUACAGUGAGCACGCUUGGUCGUAUGGUGCUUUUGAUAUGGCUUUUUGUGGUUCUGAUCAUUACAUCUAGCUACACAGCGAGUCUCACAUCGAUACUUACAGUGCAACAGCUUAAUUCACCUAUAAAAGGAGUAGAUACACUCAUCAGUAGUAGUGGUCGUAUUGGCUUCCAGGUUGGUUCAUUUGCUGAAAACUACAUGACAGAGGAGCUUAACAUUGCCAGAUCAAGGCUUGUGCCUCUCGCCUCUCCUGAAGAAUAUGCUAAUGCGCUUCAAAAUGGUACUGUUGCUGCAAUCGUUGAUGAACGUCCUUAUGUUGAUCUCUUCCUCUCAGAUUACUGUAAGUUUGCCAUCAGAGGCCAAGAAUUCACUAGAUGCGGUUGGGGAUUUGCAUUCCCAAGAGACUCUCCUUUAGCAGUUGACAUGUCAACCGCUAUUCUUGGGCUAUCCGAAACAGGCGAGCUUCAAAAGAUCCAUGACCGAUGGCUUUCCAAAUCCAACUGCAGCAGCCCGCACGGGUCUCAGUCAGGAGACUCAGAACAGCUCAACGUGCAUAGCUUCUGGGGCAUGUUCCUUGUGGUUGGGAUCGUCUGUCUCGUCGCUCUCUUUAUCCACUUCUUUAAAAUAAUCCACGACUUCUGCAAAUACACACCUGAAGUAGUAGAAGAAGAAGCUAUACCUUCACCAAAACGUUCACGUUUAACAAAACUGCAGACGUUUCUAGCAUUUGUUGAUGAAAAGGAAGAAGAAACACAGCGAAGGUUAAAGCGCAAAAGACACAACAAUCUUUCGAUGAAUGCGAAUACUAUCUCAAGGAGUGCAUCUAGAAGAUCUAUAUGAAGAAACAUAGGACUAUAAUAUAUACUUAUGGUUAAUGGUUUUGUAUGUUAAUAUGUACAUUUUAACUCAAACCUCAUUUGCAACCAAAAUGAGAUUUUGUUUAGAUGCAGAUAUGAGAUAAGUUAUAUUA